CGCAGCUUGGGCGAGUGGUUGUCUUCGCGUCCGUCAGCAGACCGGUGCAGUUUUAAUGCGAGUGAAGUCGAGUUCGGGUCGUACAUAUACAUACGCGAGCAGCCCCAGGCUGGGCGUCUGUGACUUAAUUUUGUGAAACCGUCCGCGACUAUUGGAGCGUACCGGCGGACGUGGAUUGAGCUAUCAGUCGGCGGCUACAGUCGCCUCAAAGGAGUUGACGAUCGUUUGCAGCAACCUCCUCAUAAGCCUUAUCAGUAGCAAGUAUCUCGGAUUGCCGUAGAAUACCCUGAGAAAGGUCUGAAUACCCAGACUGAUGCGGCAUGCCGACUCUAAAAUAGUAGACUACUACCACUUAAUUUGGGUCUGAGCGCAGUCUCAUAAAUUAAUGACAUAAUAAAUUAAUUGGGACCUCUGCCUGUCCUGCGGUUGACGUUGCAACCGGUGUCCUUUCCUGCCGUUAGUUUCGCCAUCCCAAAUCGGCUCAAAUCGGUUUUCGUUUGGAAGACAGUAAUGUCACCUAAUGAUCCCCAUCAUCCUACCUGCUGCAGAGUCAAGUGUUUCAGUGAAUGUUCCGUAGUGCUUAUGUGUGAUCCUAAUGUUCCUUAAAUUACCUUGAUUCUGAAACGAAGUUAAAUAAAGAAGAAUCGGUAAAAAAAUAUUUAUAAAGUAAAUAAAAAAGCAGCUCUCCAUCUCGAUUCCAAAAAAGCUGCCCAUAAAAUGACCAAAACCGUGAUAUAAGAUGCUUUUUGGUAGCCGAAGCGAUCGUAAAUCAAGUGCCAAUCGGCAGUAGUAUUCAUAAAGCAGCGACCAGUGUUCCCAGUGAUACUUUGAAUCCGCAUAAGGGAAAACCCAAUACCAACACACAGAGGAUUACCCGGGAUCGUCUUAGCUAUACACUUUCUUAGGUGGCACAACGUGCUCCAGACUCAGCAAAACGCCUUACGAUAAACAUAAGACGCCAGACUAACCUCAUCCUUGGAAAUAGACCUCGUGUCAUUCCAAAAGACGCACAUGGGCGUCUGCACCGAGGAGCGCCCUGUGAUGCAUUGGCAGCAGAGCGCAAGAUUUCUUGGGCCCGGCGCAAGGGAAAAAAGUCCGACACCACCUGUAGCACAUCAAGGGAGCAACCACUGUGGCAGUGCUGCAGGUGCAAGUACCAAUCAUCCUUUGUUCCGCACAUGCUCCUCAUCCUCGUGUCCAGAUAUUUGUGAUCACAGUACAAAGCCUUUCGGCAAUGCAUACAACACCGAUUCAUUCAGACGUUAUGAAACCGCCGAUCGAGCCACUUUCGAAGACUCAACAGCCAAAUUUUCAAUCAGUCGCAGUCGCACUGACUGCACGGAGAUCAGUGAUGAGACAACGUCGGGCAUAUCAUUCAAAACUGAACCGUUUGGGCCGCCCAGCAGUCCAGAGUCCACCAACGAUAGCAAAAUAACGCGAAACCUCGAUGAAUGCGCUGGAUGUGGCCGGCAAAUACAGGAUCGCUUCUACCUCUCCGCCGUGGAAAAACGAUGGCACGCUAGUUGCUUGCAGUGCUACGCCUGCCGACAACCGCUGGAACGGGAAUCGUCUUGCUACUCACGUGACGGCAACAUUUAUUGCAAAAACGAUUAUUAUAGUUUUUUUGGUACUCGCCGUUGCUCCCGGUGCCUGGCCUCAAUCAGCUCCAACGAGUUAGUAAUGCGCGCCCGGAACCUGGUAUUUCAUGUAAACUGCUUUUGUUGUACGGUAUGCCACACGCCGUUGACAAAAGGCGACCAAUACGGCAUCAUUGAUGCGCUUAUAUACUGCAGGACCCACUACAGUAUAGCCCGGGAGGGAGACGCUGCCUCGUCCAGCAUGAGUGCCUCCUACCCGUACAACACACAGUUUGGCUCGCCACACAACGACUCCUCAAGCCCGCACUCGGACCCCAGCCGGAGCAUUGUUCCUACGGGCAUAUUCGUCCCCGCGUCUCAUGUCAUCACCGGUUUGCCGCAACCGGCGCGACAGAAAGGAAGGCCGCGAAAACGCAAGCCCAAGGACAUUGAGCCCUUCACCGCGAACAUAGAUCUUAACACGGAGUACGUUGACUUCGGACGGGGAUCACACAUGAGCUCCUCAUCGCGGACAAAGCGAAUGCGCACCUCUUUUAAACAUCACCAGUUACGAACUAUGAAGUCGUAUUUCGCCAUCAAUCAUAACCCCGAUGCCAAGGACUUAAAGCAACUAUCGCAAAAAACAGGGUUACCAAAGAGAGUCCUACAGGUCUGGUUUCAAAACGCCCGGGCCAAGUGGCGCCGUAUGAUGAUGAAGCAGGAUGGAAGUGGGAUCCUGGAGAAGGGGGAUGGCGUUCUGGAUCUUGACAGCAUUUCGGUUCAUAGUCCCGCUUCAUUUAUACUGGGCGGUCCAAACACUACUCCGCCGCACAACCUUGACUAACAGCUGUUCAAGGUAAAAGAAAAAAGCAGUGGGAAUGUGACCCGGAGGCUUCGACUUAGCCCCUGUGUCGACUCCGGAUUUGGCCCAGAAACAAGCUGAACAGAAGCGAUUGGACUCGGCUGGAUUUCUAAAAAAAACACAUUAUGAAAUAUGCAUCGAUAUAUACAUAUGUAUAACUCGUCUAGAAACUUUUUUAGACAUGUUGACAAGCCGUCUUGUAGUCGUUUCUUAGCCAUAUCCUUUUUUAAGGUGGGUUUGGAACCGCUUUACGGGUCGUUAAUGCCUAUAAAGCACAGAUGUUUGCUUCCCAUGUUAUUUCUGUAACCAUUCUUUUCAUUUGUAAAUAGUCGUACGCGCCAAAACUUGCGUAGAAACAGGUUAUUGUUACAAAAUAAUGCUAUUUAAAACUUAAUCAUGAUUAUUUGUGUACAUAACUUUUUUAUAUCAACAUUUAAUUAAACGAAUAUACACAUUUAUAUGUAUUUAAUAUUUAUUGCCCAAAAUGUAAUAGUUAGUUGUGAAUUUAGUUUAUCAAAAGAAAUUCAUUAAAAGUAGCGCGUAUUGUAGUGUUUCGGUAUAUUAUUUGCUACGCCUAUGUCGCACGAACAGAACUCAUUAAAAUGGAUCUAAGACGAAGAUAAGUAGGUGCAAUGAUCAUAAACGAAGAAAAAAGUUAAGUAAGAUUUGUACUUACAAAUAGAUUAACCAUAAGUCUUACCAUAGAAGCCAAAUAAAAAUGAUUAAAAACUAAAA